AUAACAAGACUUGCAGCUCUAACUGCGACUCAAAGCUCUAUCGACGGCCAACUGUAGCAGACGCAAGUACCGUAGAGCUCGUCCCUUGGCUUACUUGAAGUGUGUGCAGCUAGUCGCUGCUGUGUGCCAAUAGGCAGCAAAGUUGAGACAAAGACAGACAAGCGGAGUUCAAUAAAUCAAAGUUGAGUGUUUCGCAUUUGUGGCACAGUUGCAAGUUGCAGGUUGCAGAUUGCAGCUUGCAGGUGGCUGGUGGCUGGUGGCUGGUGGCUGGUUGCAGUUGACAACGUUCGCAUUGUUGCACAAACGCCACGCCCAUGGCCUGUCGCCGCUAUGCGCCCUACGUGCUGGCCAGCGUCGCUGUCGUGCUGGCCUCUGCUCUAAUUAUCUUUGGCAUUUGCAUGCACCGCUCGCUCGACCCGACCAAUAUAUUGAAAGUUGAAAAGAACUCCGACUCGGCUCAGAAUUUCGAGAGUUUCUUCAGCGACGAGCUAGAGGCUGUGCUGCCCAAUGAUGACAUGCUAGACUCAACGACAAAUGCACAAUUCUUGAUUGGCACGACGGCAACGACAGCCACAACUACCGAAAGCGCGGCUUCCGGGUCGUCGCACAAUCCAAGCAGAAUGGAACUGGAGCAUUCUACGACCACAACUGAGGAGACGACGGCCUGGAAAACGCUGACCUCGCAUCCGAAUUCGCUGGUGCAGCUGCUGCCAUCGCGCGCCAUGCGUGUGGUGCAGGAGGUGGUGCGAUCUCUACGGAAGGAACGCGAAAUUGUGGCCAGCACCACGUUAGGCAAGGUGCGCGGUCGCUAUCAGAAGUAUCGCUCGGGGGAGCGAGGCGGCUACUACAGCUUCAAGGGCAUGCGAUAUGGUGUGGCGCCAAUUGGUGCUAGAAGAUUCCGCGCUGCGCUGCCAGAGAAACCAUGGAGCGGCGUGAGAGAUGCCUCCAGAGAGGGUCAAAGCUGCCCGCACAAGAACAUGAUCCUGGACACGUUUAAGGGCGACGAGGACUGCCUCUAUGUGAACGUGUUCACCACGCGCAUGCCCAAGGAGGAUGAAGCACAGCCCAAGCUGCCUGUGAUGGUGUGGCUGCAUGGGGGCGGCUUCUCCUUUGGCUCCGGCAACUCGUUUCUUUACGGGCCAGACUAUUUGGUUGCCGAGGAUAUCGUGCUAGUUACUUUGAACUACAGACUAGGACCGUUGGGCUUCCUGACAGCUGGACCCGAUGCGCCGGGCAAUCAGGGCCUCAAGGAUCAGGUGCUGGCGCUGCAGUGGGUGCGCGAUAACAUAGCUGCGUUUGGCGGUGAUCCCGGGCAGGUGACAAUCUUUGGCGAGUCUGCGGGAGCAUCGUCGGUGCAGCUCUUGCUGCUGUCGCCUUUGGCUAAAGGCCUAUUCCAUCGCGCCAUCUCACAGAGCGGCUCUGCACUGAAUCCUUGGUCCAUGGCCGCUAGCUCGGGCCAGAGAGCGGCACGACUGGCAGCCAAUCUCGGCUAUGUGGGCGCCAACAAUACCGAAGAGAUCUUGGACUUCUUGCGACGAGUGCCAGCAAUGAAGCUGGUCGAGGCUGCGCCCACAACUCUCACAGCUGAGGAUCAGCGCAACAAUAUUGGCCUGCCCUUUGUCCCUGUCGUGGAGGGAUAUUGGAACAGAGACUUACCGCAGGAAUCAUACCUGGAACAGCCCUUCCUCACCGAGCACCCCAGCGACAUGUACGAGGCGCACAACUUCAACAGCGAGGUGCCCUACAUGACGGGCUACAACACGCACGAAGCGAUGCUGUUUAUCAGAAGAUUGCGCAAGAACCCGCAGCUGCUGGGUAUUAUAGAGAACGACUUUGGUCGCCUCGUGCCGCAUGAUCUGAACGUGAGCCACGCCCAUGACAGAGUUACUCGUGAAAUACGCUCCUUUUAUCUGGGCAACAAGCACGUCGGACUCGAGUCUGUGGAUGAAAUGAUAGCACUCCUAACUGAUCUCAUGUUCCUGCAAGGCAUCCGCCGCACCGCUAGGAACCAUGCCAAGUACGGCAAUGCGCCCGUCUAUAUGUAUCGCUUCUCCUUCGAUGGCGCGCUGGGCCUCUACAAACGCAUGCUGGGCAUACCACGGCCGGGUGUUUGCCAUGGCGAUGAGAUGGGCUAUCUCUUCAAGUUUGGCUUCCUGAACCUGAGUCUAGAUCCGAAGUCCAUGGAAGUGCUGGUCAAGAACCGCAUGGUGCGCAUGUGGACAAACUUUGCCAAAUACGGUACGCCUACGCCCAACUUUGAGGAUCCCAUGUUGACUACCAAAUGGGCUCCUAUCGAUGCCUCAAAUGUUAUGAACAGUCUCAACUAUUUGGACAUCUCGCACGAGCUGAAUAUGAAAACGAAUCCCGAACCGGAGCGACAGAGAUUUUGGGAUGAAAUGUAUCAGCAUUACAAUGGUGCGGCUAUGUAGUGCUUCCAGCUAUGAGCCACAUAUAUAUUUAGGCAUCAACCACGCACAUUGCUCACCCAACCACACUCACAAACACAAACACGUACACAUACACAUACACAUACACACAUUUUGUAUAAAUUUUGCCAUUUUGUGAAGAGAGUGAGCAGAAAAGAAUAUUUAAUGCAAAUUUCAUUGUAAAAUUAUCGUAGACCGUAGUAAGUAGCUAGUAGUUAAACAUUUUCUUAGUAAAUAGCUUGUACAUAAGUGUCGCAGCAUUUAUACACGACUAAACAAACGUACAACGUCACUUGCCCACACCAAUACCCACAACACACACACAAAUACGUAGCCUAAGCAUUCUACUUAUAGCAUACCCAAAGCCCAACAACUUUUCCUUACUUCAUAUAUGCAAUAUCAGGUGUAAAUAGUCAAAGUUAAAAAAUAUUCGAUAUUCAAUUUAUUAUAUCCUAAGCACAUCGAAGUCCAUAAUUCUGUU